AUGAAUGACACUGAAGAGGAAAACAAUUCUACUUCCAUUGAGUCUGAAGUUGACUCUGAUGCCGAUACUGAAGUGGACGGUGAAGCAGAAUCUGGAUCAGAACCAGAGAAACCAGAAGAUCCUGUUUAUGCCAUGGCUCCAACAGUCAACACCCAAGAUGAAAGUGCCAUUGAUGUCGACUCAUGUCCCGCAUUUUUGUGUCUCAAUGAGUUGUUUUAUGCUGGAAAAAUCCCUGGAACUAGAGUGGCUGAGCUGAAGGCAAAGUAUACUCUGUUACACGAUACUCUAGUAAGUUUACAGGAAUCAGAAAUUCAACUGUUGCAGGAUGCCAAACGCUUCACGCUUCAGCUAGAACAGCAGGAGCAGGAACUUGAAAAAGCGGAACAGUUUCCAGAGAGUUCCACUUCAGAGUUGUCCAAACUGAGACAGCAGUACCUGAGAUAUUUCAAUGAAUACAAUGCGAUUCAAGAGAGAGAGUUUGAAAUUCAAUAUAGGCUGAAUAGUUUAUUAGAAGACAAGAAAUUAAUUGAAAAAGAGUAUCGCAGAGUGCCCAAAGCUUCUGAUGCUGAUAAGAAAAUUAAAGCCUUGAGGGAGAGUUGCGAAGAGCUCCGUAAAGAAGCAACACACAGAAGGCAAGAAAUCCGAGUCCUGAAAGAAGACCUGUCUUCAAGGCAAAAACGCCUCACUAAGGAUCAUAAAGAACUUGACGAACUCUUUCGGAAAGAAGACGAAGUAAAGGAUGAACUAGUCCGUCUCCAGUCUGUUCCUAUUCAGCUCGGAAAGGAUAUGGAAAAAAUAGGCCGCAGAAUGCAAGAUAUAGAGAAAAAAAAACACUCGCUUCAGGAACAAGUGCAAGAAGUUGUGGAGACUGUAAAAAAAAUGGAGGCUAUAUGUGAGGAGACCAUGGAAGAGAAAGAAGAUGCAAUCAAAGAGGUAGAAGGGAAGAAAACUUUACUGGAGAGCAAAGAGCGAGAAUUCAUCACUCUGACGAAGAUGCACGAGAUGAAUAAAGAGAAUGAAGGAGCUGCCAUUGCAGAAAGGGGCAUGUUAGAAAUGAGUUUUCGCAACUCAUCCAGUAUGAAACAAAAACUGCAUGAUACUUUGAGUCGGAUGCAAAGAGAGAGAGAGAAAGACUUCAGAAACUUUAAAAAGAUGGAGAUGCAGUUGAAAAUAGCUCAGGAAAGCUUGGCACAAGUUCAAGCACAUCACGAAAGAAUGCUGUUAGAGUUAGAUGCUGUCCCUAAAGAUGAUGGGACAUUAUUAGAAAGGCGAAGGGAGCUCCAGAGAGAAGUUGAAAUGGCGAAGAGAAAUUUGUCUCAAGAGAAAACAUCAACAGAUACUGAAGUGCGAAUGCUCGAGCAGUGUGUUGCUGAAGAAGACCAACUCUUUCGGGCUCAGGAGCAUUACAGGGAAGAAGUCAACAACUUGAUACGUAUGACGCAGCUUAAGGCUGAUGAGAGGGAACAAAAGUCUAAGGAUUUCCUGAAAGCCCAGGCGCGUCUGAAUAACAUUAUUGCAGAAAUAAAAACAAAAGACUUUGAAAUUAGAGAAUAUACAAAGAAACAGAAAGAAAUUCAGAGACAGAUGAAAGAGUUUGCUAAACUGUAUGACAUUGUACGACAUGAGAGAAACAAAUUGGUGAACCUCGUACAUUGUGCUCGCCAGAAAACAAAUGAAAUUAAAGAUAAAGUCAAAAUGCUAGAUAAUGAGAUGGAAAUCUUAAGGAACAAUGCUGUAAUUAAAGAGAGAAAAUUACAAAAAUACCAGAUGAAGUAUGCAAAUAACCUUGCAAUCAAAGACAGCAUUCACUGCGAUGUUUGCAAGGUUUAUCAAACCCUCCAGGAGAUGAAAGAAAAACGGGAGCAGCAGCUGAUGGAUGUUGAACGACUGACCAACACGCUCACUCGUAUCGAGGAGGAAAUGGUCCAGUUGCGUAAAACAUAUGAGAAGGCUGUUCAACGGCGAAAUGAGAGCGGAGUUCAGCUCAUAGAACGUGAAGAAGAAGUGUGUAUUUUUUAUGAAAAAAUAAAUAUUCAGGAAAUGAUGAGCCGAAAUGGUGAUAUAGAGAUUAAUGUGAUGGAUGAGAAAAUACGCUUUCUAAAUCUGAAGCUAAUUGAGAAAAAGAGGCAGAUUGAAUUAUCCAUUAAAAUGCUGCCGAUGAAAAGAACUCUUGAUGCUGAUUUAGUGGUCCUUCAGAUUCAGGUAUGCAAUGGAAGACACUUUUUCCCAGGCAGAUUUUUCAUUUUAAGGUGAAGAGCUAGAACUUCCCUGUCUGAUAACUGGGUUUCCUCCUGGUGGAUCUUCUCAUUAUAUCUGCAGAGUUAGUACUCUGAAUGAAUGUAACUUUCUUCCUGCCUCAUCAUUUCUGGUGGGAGGAGGACUUUGAAAA